CCCAACUCAGUUUUCCUCGUCUCUCGCUGCCAUGGCCGAACCUUCCCCUACCGUCAAAUCAAUGGCCGCCUUCCUCCUUCGUCGCCACUCCGACCAGCUCCGCUCCAUCUCUCUCUCCCCAGACCCCAAACUUCAUUACCCUCUCUACGUCGAUUUUGCGGAGCUAAUGGAGGACGACCCGCCGCUUGCGCAAUCGGUCUUCUCCCAACCGACCCAGCACUUGCGUUCUUUUGACGAUGCGGCUUUUUGGGCUCAUAAAAUUGUAUUGGGAGAUUUGAAAGGUUGCAAUAGCGGGAUCGAAAAGAAGUUCAUUCAUGUUCGUAUAAAUGUUAGCGGUUCCCCGCUCGAGUGUCCUGAGACUUUUCCGAGGAUAGGAAAUCUCCGAGUGAAGCAUCGUGGGAUUCUUCUCACUCUCAAAGGGACGGUGAUCCGGUCUGGAGCAAUCAAAAUGUAUGAAGGGGAGAGAUGGUACACGUGCCAGAAAUGCAAGCACAAGUUUCUAGUUUAUCCUGAGCUGGAGGCUAGAAACUCAGUAUCACUACCAUCAUUUUGCCCUUCUCAGGGGCAGAGGUCUAAACCCUGUGAAGGCACGAAGUUCAAGGAAUUAGAAGAUUCUAUAAUAUGCCACGAUUAUCAGGAAAUCAAAAUUCAAGAAAACACCCAGGUGUUGGGUGUUGGGGCCAUUCCACGUUCGGUUCCUAUCAUAUUGAAGGACGAUCUUGUUGAUCUUGUUAAAGCUGGAGAUGAUGCGGUUGUUACUGGGGUCUUAACGGCAAAGUGGUCUCCAGACUUAAAAGACGUACGCUGCGACCUUGAUCCUGUCCUAAUUGCUAAUAAUGUGAGGAGAACCAAUGAGUUGAAGUCAGACAUUGAUAUACCUGAUGAUGUUAUAAUGAAAUUCAAGCAGUUCUGGUCAGAUUUCAAAGACACCCCAUUAAAAGGUAGAAAUGCCAUACUCCAAGGUAUCUGCCCACAGAUUUUUGGACUCUUUACUGUGAAGCUUGCAGUUGCAUUAACACUUAUUGGAGGUGUGCAACAUGUUGAUGCUUCUGGGACAAAGGUCCGAGGAGAGUCUCAUUUGCUUCUGGUUGGUGAUCCAGGUACUGGGAAGUCUCAGUUCUUAAAAUUUGCUGCAAAAUUGAGCAACCGAUCUGUUAUCACUACUGGUUUAGGAAGCACUAGUGCUGGAUUGACUGUCACUGCCGUCAAAGAUGGAGAUUGUCUUUCAAGAGGUCCUCUGUUUGAAGGUUCUACUGUUCAGGUUCAUGUGCAUGCUUGCAAUCUGUUCAAGAUUCCUGUGCAUGACAUGCAUGGAGAGUGGAUGUUGGAAGCUGGGGCACUUGUUCUUGCAGAUGGUGGGAUUUGUUGUAUAGACGAAUUUGAUAGUAUGAGAGAACAUGACAGGUCAACCAUACAUGAGGCCAUGGAGCAGCAGACCAUAAGUGUUGCCAAGGCUGGUCUUGUGACGACUCUCAGCACUAGGACAAUUGUAUUUGGUGCAACAAAUCCCAAGGGACAGUACGAUCCUGAUCAAUCUCUGUCUGUCAAUACGACACUCUCUGGUCCCUUGCUGAGCAGAUUUGAUAUUGUACUUGUGCUCUUGGAUACAAAGAAUCCUGAAUGGGAUGCAGUUGUUUCGUCACACAUUCUUGCUGAGGGUGAAUCAGACAAAGGCAGAAGUGACGAAGAUAUAGCAAAUAUCUGGCCACUUUCUAUGCUUCAGAGAUAUAUUCACUUUGUAAAAGGAUACUUCAGACCAGUCUUAACAAAGGAGGCUGAAAAAGUUAUUUCAAGCUAUUAUCAACUCCAAAGAAAAUCCGCAACUCAUAAUGCAGCUAGGACUACUGUGCGCAUGCUGGAGAGUUUGAUACGCCUAGCUCAAGCACAUGCAAGACUGAUGUUCCGAAAUGAGGUGACACGAUUAGAUGCGAUUACAGCAAUUUUAUGCAUUGAAGCAUCCAUGACUACCUCAGCUAUCGUGGAUAGUGUUGGAAAUGCUCUGCACUCAAAUUUUGCUGAAAACCCUGAUCAGGAAUAUACCAAGCAAGAAAGGCUGAUUCUUGAAAAGCUGAGAUCGAUAGACGAUUUUCCUGACAUAAAUAACAGGGGAGGUUAUUGCAGAUGAAAGACUCAAGGAAAGCAAGGCAUCCAUCCUGACCAAGUGGUUGUAGUCAAUCACCUCUGGACAUGGCUGUAUUUUUACCUUGCAAAUUCACCAUUCUUUACAACAGCCAAGUGUAGAGCAAAAGAUACUGCCUUACCACAGCCAGAGUUGUUGCUUGCACCUGUUAAACGUUCUACGAAUCGGAUCACUUAUGUGGGUAUUAUUUGUGUCGACAUUUACUACUGUAGUGUGCAUAUGGUAGGAAUCCUCAGAUAUUACCAAAUACGGAUGUAUGUUGCACCAUUUUGGUCCCUCGAGCAUUUUGUAGCUCAAACUUAAAAAAAGAUUCUUCUAAUGAUAUAAUCCGAGGCUCGUAUCUCUGUCCAAGCUCUUUGGUAUGCCAUUAAUUACAUGAAAAUUUUAAGUAACAAAAGACUAAAAAACUCCCACCAAAAUGAUUCCACGAUUACUGCAACUAACAUUGUGGGAUGUGGGAUUGGACCUCUGAGCUUACAAUUUGGCAAGAACUAAACCUUGGCAAGAACAAUUGGCGUUUCUAGUUUCCCCUGGCUGUGAUGUUUAAAUUAUCAUAAUUUCUUAACCGCCUGCCUAACUUUUACAUCUGCUUCAGUUAAAUGUUAGUUCUCAAUCUCAAAAGCUUUUUUUAAUGCCAAUCAAAGUAAGGCUGAUCCUUGAAAUGCACAGCCCAUUUACAAAUUGCCCUACCACUCAAGAUUUCAUGGAAUGGCCAGUAUUUAUUGAUCUAGCUCAACAUCAACAUAUAUAUAUCAUACAUAUCUUACUUUCCAAGAUCUUCUGCAGGCAGAGCUUUGAAUUGUGUUGUGCUGCUCAGGAGCUUCUAGGAUUUCAGAAAAUUGCCAUCUUUCUAACGUUCCCACAAGCCCAAGAAGCAUAAAGUAGAAAUAAUUUGACCAC